AUGCUUCCCACCCCAGACACCUCACAUGUGUCAUUCGACACCAUUUACGAGCCAUCCGAAGACUCAUAUCUCUUCCUAGAUACACUGGCUUCGGAUUCAGAGUCCAAAUGGCUCGCCGAACGAUUCCCACAACAGAGUACAUCGCCACUAGUUGUGGAAGUAGGAACCGGCUCUGGCGUGGUCCUCGCCUUCACAGCCGCACAGUCCCAGCAAAUCUUCGGCCGGCGCGACGUUCUCACGCUAGGCACAGACGUGAACCGAAAUGCUUGCAUCGCAACACGGCAAACUGCAACAACAGCCAUUAAAGCAGAGCAGCAGCCAUCUCCUCAAUCGAUCCACACCUCAUCACUGACAGCUGAUCUAUGUGCGCCUCUCCGACCUGGAAGUGUGGAUGUCCUUCUUUUCAACCCGCCUUAUGUCCCAACUGAGGAUCUUCCCCGCCUGCCUUCCGCGGUAGACAAUGAUCCCGCUACUGCGGAGGCGAUGUCUCGCUCUGAUAAGUUUGAUAAUGACUCUUACUUUUUGUCGUUGACUUAUGCGGGUGGUGCGGAUGGCAUGGAGACUACGGAUCGGUUGCUGGAUGCUAUUCCCGGUGUGCUUUCGGCGCGCGGUGUGGCGUAUGUUCUGCUGUGCAAGCAGAACAAACCUGAUGAAGUGAAAGAUCGUAUUCGUGCCUGGGGCGGGUGGCAAGCUGAAUCGGUGGGAUCAAGUGGCAUGCAGGCCGGGUGGGAAAAGUUGGUUAUCGUGCGGAUCUGGAGAGAGGAUCAGUGA